AUGCCUUCAAAUAAUCCUUUGCAAGCCGUUUCUUAUUGCAUAGAGAGAUGAUUGCGAGAUUUAACUAAUGCAAUUUCGAGGUAUUCCGAUUCCCUUACACUUAGCUGGUGGAAGCUGAAUUCAUGAUUAAAGAUGAAAGCUGAAGACUUAGCAACUCAACUCAAUUAUUUUAUUUAUUUCAGCAAAUACACUCAAUUUAUAAUAAAUAUGAAAGCCAAAGGAAUUUUCGAUAGGCUAUGAAUCACAAAAGCCCAGAAAGAAGAAGAGGACAAAGAAAAAGAAAGACAAAGUAAAAUAAAUCAAGAGCAUCAUGAAACAGUUAUGGCUAGGAUUAAGAUGCUUGAAGCUAUGAACACAAAAGAGUUGUCUAAUGCAGAAAUUUGAAGAUUCAUGAGAAUUUUAUGAGAAUCAAUUGAGCUUUCAGGAAAACUUUAUUAUAAGCACCCUUGGCUUGAGGAUGAGUUUUACACAUUAGUUAAAAUCGAAAAAGAUUAUGAUUUAAGAGUCUGGUGAUAUACUCAACAAUUCUUGCGAGUAAAAGGUCGGGGGAUUGCACGAACUAUUAGACAAUAA